AUGGAACAUCACACUACAUUAAUUAAUCUUCACUCUCAGAAUCUGAAUUGGUUGUCGUCUCCACUUGCCGGUAGUUUACUUUUAUCCCUUAUAAUACCUGGAAGAAGAUUAGAAAAAUAUACGAAGCUAUACAAACAAUUGAAAGGUUUAAAGGGGUUCGAUUUAAGAAACAGGAUUUUUAUAUCACCCAAUUGUAAACUAAAACAUACUGCAUCCAAAGGUGAAGUUACAGAAUUUGAUAGAAAUGGAGCUACUGCAGUAUCAGAAUGGUUAAAUAAAUACGGAUUCAAGGAUUAUGACAUACACACAUUUUGCUCCAAAAGUGAUUAUAUGUUAAUUAAUCUUACUAAGUUUCAGAUGUCAUGGAACAGAGUAGGUGCUUGUGGUCCAAUUGUGACUGUAUACAAUAGUUUCAAUUACACAGAAGAUGUGAAAUAUGAAGCAAGGUUAAUAGAAAUUCCAUUGGAAAACAAGGAAUUCAAGUUAGUCAUACCCGUGCCAAAUGAAAUUGAUAUUUUGAAAUGUUUAGUCAAAAAAUUAAAUGACGAAGGAUUAUCAUCUGCUGUCAAAUCCAUACAACCAUUGUUUACUGCUGUGUCAGAGCUCAAAGCACCAGAAAUUGAAUAUGAAGCUAAUACUGAAUUUAGUAUAGAACAAAGGGAAUUUGAUUCGCCUUUGGUACAAAUGAAUAGAGGCAGUGUAAAAGUUAAUAAUGAAGGAAUCAUAAUUGACUGUGUUACAUGUAUACUUCCUAGUCAGUCACAUAGAGAAAAAUCAAAGCUCGAACCAGUUGGAGAGAAUGCCGUGAAACCAUUUUUAUUUUCCAUAUUAUUUAGAGAUACGGCUAUAUUUUCGGGCAGAUGUGAACUGGGAAAAUAA